AUGGGAUUGUGGAUAAAGCCAAAAGGGGACGCUAUUAUGAAAAGCCAUGUUUGCAGAAAAAGAGGAUUAAAUAUGAGACCUGUAAACGCAUCUAUAACUUUGAAAUGA